GAAACUUUGAGGAUAUUUCCUGGUGGGUACCUUGAAAAGUAUAAUCUUUGAUGAAUCUCUGUUUUGGUCAAGGAUCUAUGAUAUAGAAAGCCUUAGUCUUUUUCUAUAGAUCUCUGCUCUGUUUCCUAAUUGAUUAGGUGAGUCUAAGAUGAGCGCAAGCUUCACUGAUGAAGGCAAACUUAUUCUCUGCGUGGCUGAGAAUGGCCACUCAUUUGCAUUUGAAUGCAGCGAGACAACUUCUGUUGAAUCCGUGAUGCGUUUUGUUGAGUCUGUGUCUGGUAUCACCUUCUCUGAUCAGCUUCUUCUCUCUUUGGAUAUGAGACUUGAGCCACAAAAGCUGCUUUCUUCCUUUGGACUUCCUGCAAGUGAUAGAGAAGUGUUUGUUUUCAACAAGGCUAUGUUGCAAAGCAACUCUCAUCCACCGUCACCGGAAAAUGUAUAUUUACAAGAACCAGAUGAUGAUGAUGAUGAUGGUUCAUUGCAUGAACAUCAUCCCUUGGAUGAUGCGUCAGAUCCAGCUUUAAAGGCAUUACCUUCUUACGAGAGGCAGUUCCGUUACCAUUUCCUUAAAGGCCGUACUAUCUACAAUUGUACGGUCAUGAAGCUUGAGAACUGCGAGAGGUUUGCUAGAGAGCAGAAGGUACAAGAACGGGCCAUUGAGGUUGCUACGAGGAACCUGGAGCAGUACUACAGAGUGAUCUAUCAGAACUUUCUCGAGUUUAUGAAACGUUACAAGCACCAGCACCGUGUUCACUCUGAUUUGCUGAUGAAUUUUGGAAGAGAUGUUGAGAAACUGAGGUCAGUGAAGAUUCAUCCUUACCUGCAAACCGAUUCGAGGAGAUGUUUGUUGGAUUUUGUCAAGGAAGAUAACUUGAAAAGGGCUGUGGAGAGUUGUGGAAGCUCUCACAGGCAGUUUGAGAAUAAGAUUGGGCAGUUCCAGCAGAUGUUUGUUGAGGUUAAGCACAAGGUGGAGGAGUUGUUUGCUUGCAGGGCUUCUUCGUUGUCGAUGAAGGACUUGGAAGUGACUGUUAAGGAGUAUGAACACUUCAUUAAUGAGCAAAGUAGCAUAAUGCAAUCUCUCAGCAAAGAUGUCAACACGGUUAAGAAGCUUGUGGAUGAUUGCAUGUCUAGCCAAUUUUCCUCAUCUCUCCGACCUCAUGAUGCUGUUUCAGCCCUGGGUCCUAUGUACGAAGUGCAUGACAAGAAUCACCUUCCCCAGAUGCAGGCUUGCUACAACUCCAUUUCAGAACUCCUUGACUUUUGCAAGAACAAGAAGAAUGAGAUGAACAACUUUGUACACAGCUACAUGCAAAAGAUAACAUUCGUCACAUACAUCAUCAAAGACGCUAAGUUACAGUUCCCCGUUUUUAGAGAGGCAAUGGUGCGUCAGGACGACUUGUUUGCAGACCUGAAGUUAAUCCGUGGUGUUGGCCCGGCUUAUAGAGCUUGCCUUGCAGAGGUAGUGAGAAGAAAAGCCUCUAUGAAGCUUUACAUGGGCAUGGCUGGGCAGUUGGCGGAGAAGCUUGCUAUGAAGAGGGAAACAGAGGUCAGACAACGUGAAGAGUUUCUUAAAACACAUGGUCCCUUCGUACCUCGUGAUGUGUUGGCCUCAAUGGGUUUAUAUGAUAGUCCUAGUCAGUGUGAUGUUAAUGUCUCUCCUUAUGAUACUAGUUUGAUCAAUAUUGAAAUUGCUGACGUUGAUCGAUAUGCUCCUGAGUAUCUAGUUGGGUUACAGUCAAAGAUUGAUAGCUCGUUUUCUGCUGAGGCUGAGGAGAUAGACAAAGACAGUUUUGAAGAUAUCCUAGAGGCCUCAGAGAUAGCUGGAACCAGCAAGAUGGAAGUUGAGAACGCAAAACUAAAAGCUGAACUUGCUUCUGCAAUCUCUCGGAUUUGUUCAUUAGGCCCUCAAGUUGAAUAUGAGGAGAUAGAUGAAAGUAACAUAGAAAAUUUGUUGAAAAAUGCAGCUGAGAAAACAGAAGAGGCACUGCAGGCAAAAGAUGAAUACGGGAAACAUCUCCUAUCUAUGCUCAAGGAGAAACAAAGGCAUUGUGAUUCAUAUGAGAAGCGCAUCCGUGAACUGGAACAACGUCUCAACGAUGAGUAUUCACAGGGACAGAGACAAGUUAAAGCUAGUGAGAACAAAGGAGAAGGUUCAGGUGCUUUGGAAGGCAACAACAAAGCUCAUGUAGCUGGUUUGGAGCCAAUGGAUGAGGUCUCAUGUGUUUCAAAUAUUUCUAGCAAGCAGCCAUGUAAAGGUAGGGAAGGUAUGGAUGAGAAUAUGGUGGAUUCCUCUCUGGUUCUGAGUCAUCCUCUUGAUUCAUCUAUGCUGGAAAACAAUGAGAAAGGUGGAAAGGAUAAUAUGGUGGGGGAAAUGGGUGUGUUUCUAAGUGACAGUUCAACAGCCGAGAGCCCAACAAAGUCUCUGGGUAAUAAUGUGGAAACUGCCAUAGGUUUAGAUACCAAACACAAUGAUGAUAUUAUUUUGGAACUUAGAAAUGAGCUGGUGGAGAAGUCUAGUAAACUGAAUGAAACAGAGUCCAAGCUAAAUGGUGCUAUGGAAGAGGUAGCUAGUCUGAGCAGAGAGUUGGAAAUGAAUCAGAAACUUCUCGAAGAAUCCCAGAUGAACUGUGCACAUUUGGAGAACUGCUUACAUGUAGCAAGAGAAGAAGCACAAACACAUCUCUGUGCUGCUGAUCGUAGAGCGUCUCAGUAUGAUGCACUUCGUGCCUCAUCUGUGAAUAUACGUGGUCUCUUUGAAAGAUUCAGAAGCUCUGUCUGUGCUGGUGGUGGGGUUGCUGGUUUUGGUGACUCCUUGCGUACUUUGGCUCAAGCUUUAGACAACUCCAUUAAUGACAAUGAAGAUGAUGGUACCGUUGAGUUCCGGAAAUGCAUCCGAGUCCUUGCAGACAAAGUUAGCUUCCUUUCCAAACACAGGGAGGAGUUACUUGAAAAGUGCCGAAAGCUUGAUGCUACUAUUGAACAGACGAGAAAGGACUUGGUGGAAAAGAAAGAGCUGGUGAAAACAUUGUACACUAAGCACCAACUUGGCAAGCAGGCAAAUAAGGAAAAGAUAUCAUUUGGUCGUCUUGAAGUCCAUGAGAUAGCAGCAUUUGUGUUAAAUCAAGCAGGGCAUUACGAGGCGAUCAACAGAAACUGUCCAAACUACUACUUGUCCUCUGAAUCCGAGGCAUUGUUCACAGACCACCUCCCUAACCGGCCUACAUACAUUGUUGGACAGAUUGUCCACAUUGAGCGUGAAGCAGUGAAGCAGGCAUCAAGUUCAAUGUCAACAUCAUCUUCAGGAACAACAACAACAGCAACAAAUCCUUAUGGUCUCACUUCAGGAUGUGAAUACUUCAUAGUGACAAUAGCAAUGCUUCCUGACACUGCUAAUCUUCAACAAGCUUCCUGAUCCUUUUGCUUGUUCUUAAGGCUGAUUGAUGUGAUGGAAGAAACCUCCUCCCCUCCCCAAAAAAAGAAGAAAAGACAUGUAAAUACUUUUUAUUCAGAUAACAAUCAAUAACCGGACAGAUUUGUGGGGUUUCAUUUCUCCUUUUUAACUAUUUGAUUUCAUCUCGUUCUCCUCCUGUACAGCUGAUGAUCACUGAUGUUAGAUUCUUAGUGUAAUCUUUAUCCUUGUACAUACUCUGCUUUGCUUUUCAUGUUGCAAUAAAAGAAUAAUAUAAUUAUGUAUAAAGUGAUAGUUUAUGAUAAAUAAUGGAAUGCCUACCACUCUGGAUGCAUGAUGUACACAAAUUCAAUAUCAAAACACAUUUUUUUUCAAAUCCCUGUGGGGUUUUAGUUACCAAAAGAGAAUUUUGAUUUACAUGGAAAACAAACAGAAAGGCUACUAGUUCAGGUCUCCUAUACUUGCCAAAUCCUGGAAACAAAAGCAGAAUCUAUUCUAUUUAUAUGCAUCACCACCUUCUUCUGAAAUGUUGGACAAGAACUUUGGCAAGGAUGUGAUUCGUGGGAGGUGUAAAAGCAAAUCGCUGAACGAGUCUUUUCUCAACAUACCCUGUGGU